UUCAUUAGAGUGUUUUUCCACUUUCUGGAUAGUGAAAGAUAAAUGUGAGGGUUGGGCUCCCAGGCUCUCCAUUCCCAGAUUGGACCAUGGAGCUGAGAGGAACCUGUCUGCUGCUCUGCUUCCUGUGUUUGGUGCACAGCACCCUCCAGCAACCCCCCCCAAAAACUAAACUGGGGGGAAAGAAAGAUGCAGUAAACGCAGCGAUGAUUGAUGAUCUGAAGAAGCAGAUUGAAAAUAUCUGGCAGGAGCUGAAUUUACUGAAGGAGCAGCAGGCUUUACAGACAGUUUGCCUGAAAGGAACCAAAAUCCACGGUAAGUGCUACCUGGCGGUAAACGAGCAGAAGAAGUACCAUGCAGCCAGCGAUGAAUGCAUCUCCUUGGGGGGCACGCUGAGCACCCCAGCCAACGGUGACGAGAACGAUUCACUCUUUGACUACAUGAGGAAGAGCAUCGGUGUGAACAGCCAGAUCUGGCUUGGCAUCAACGACAUGGCUUCUGAGGGCUCCUGGAUCGAUAUGACAGGCUCCAGCAUCAAGUACAAGAACUGGGAGACCGAAAUCACUGCACAGCCGGACGGGGAACGCUCCCAAAACUGCGUGGUACUCUCCAGCACUGCCAAUGGCAAGUGGUUCGACGAGAACUGUCGUGCAGAGAAGGCUUUCAUCUGCGAGUUCAACAUCGUCUGACUGCAUCUUAAAGAAAACACAGUCUCAGAUUCUUCUGUUUGGAAAAUUCCACCAAAAACUAGUCUGUUUAACAUAAAACCUGACCCACGUGUAAAGUUGUGUUGUAAGACCAGGCUUCUGAUGCAACCCAAUGGACUGGCCCAAAGUUCUGUGUAUUUGUUGGUUAAAAAGCUACUGUAAGUGUAAAUAACAUUUUAGAAAUAUUAGUCUAUCAAAACCAAAUGUAUUGAGUUUCUGUUUCCCUCUUAACUAUUGCUGCUAAGUCCUGUCCUGAAAGUGAAUACAAGCCUUGGUUACAAAAUGUAUGACCCUUAUAAAAAGAACAUCAGAGUAUUGAAUCCAGUUCAGGCCACUAAAUACCUAUACAUGCACAUAUCGGUUGCUGGAAUCAGCUAUCUUUUAUCCUCUUAUAUAUAUAUAUUACAUAUCUGUUUAUACAAAUAAAAAGCCAUUUUUGUUUUUUUAUGUUUUAUUUUUGUUUCCUAUUGAGCAUCUAUUCACAUUCUGUUUUCUUGUUUUUACUUUAAAUUAGCUAUGUCCAGUACAUACUAUUAUAUACUAGAGUUAUUUUUUUCAUUCUGUAGACUAUCAAUGUUACAUGAUAAAUAAAAAGGGUCAGAUUAAGAAGGCCCUUAUAUAUUAUUGCAUUGUCUCACCUUUUGAGCAGCUCCUAAGCAUGUACUGACAUGUGGAUGGGGAGGUUCAUCUUACUCUUUCAACUCUUUUAAUAAAAAAAAAAAAAUCUUAA